UACUGCUUCGCGUUUUCUCCGCCCAUCAAGGCCGUUGCUGCUUUUUGUCCCUCUGUGCUGCCCGUCGCCGGCAGAGUGUUGUUGCUGGAGGAAUCCAAGAUGGCGAUGGACAGUAUGUCCACGUCCUCAGUGGGGCUCCCCUACCAAAAUUCUGGGGAUUACUACCCCAGAAAGCUCGGGCCUAAACCUGACGUGGUACCUUCCGGAGUGACGGAGAGAAAAAUCACUCCUUUGGAUAAGCCUGAUAUGGUGGUGUUGGAUGUUAUAAACAUCAAAGAGCCAGAUAUUCCACUACACCGGAAGAAGCAGGAGACGGACACCUAUGUGUUGGGAACCAUCCAUCCUUUUCGUAAAUCACAGAGAUCAUUCUUUGGGAAGUUUUAUCAAGAAUUCUGCUUGGUUGCUGGGGACAGAAGAUCAUGGAAGAUCUUGAUGUUUUGCUUUUUUAACUUAAUCUGCACUGGAUGUCUCCUGAUGUGGUGUAGUUCUACCAAUAGCAUGGCCUUAACCGCUUACAGCUACCUUACCAUCUUUGAUAUGUUCAGCUUAAUUACUUGCCUGGUUAGCUCCUGGGUGAUGAUGAAGAAACCCAGCCCUGUCUACACUUUUGGGUUCGAGAGGUUUGAAGUGCUGGCUGUGUUUGCCUCCACUGUCCUGGCGCAACUUGGGGCUCUUUUCAUCUUAAAGGAAAGUGUGGAACGUUUCAUGAAGCAGCCUGAGAUCCACACGGGGCGUCUCCUGGUAGGAACAUUUGUGGCCCUCUUCUUUAAUUUGUUGACCAUGCUCUCCGUGAAGAACAAGCCCUUUGUCUACGUUUCAGAAGCUGCCAGCACCAGCUGGCUUCAAGAGCACGUAGCGGACCUGAGCCGCAGUUUGUGUGGGAUUAUCCCUGGGCUGAGCAGCGUGCUUCUUCCACGGAUGAACCCUUUCGUGCUGAUAGACCUGGCGGGGGCCUUGGCUCUCUGUAUUACCUAUAUGCUCAUCGAGAUCAAUAAUUACUACGCUGUGGACACGGCUACGGCAGUCGCCAUUGCUUUAAUGACAUUCGGUACCAUGUACCCCAUGAGUGUCUACAGUGGAAAGGUGCUCCUCCAGACAACACCUUCACAUGUCAUUGGACAGCUGGAUAAAUUACUGAGGGAGGUGUCAACUCUUGAUGGUGUUUUGGAGGUUCGGAAUGAGCACUUUUGGACAGUCGGUUUCGGGUCUCUGGCUGGCUCGGUGCACGUCCGGAUCCGCCGAGACGCCAACGAGCAGCUGGUUCUCGCCCACGUGACCACCCGCCUCUCCACCCUGGUCUCCACGCUGACGGUGCAGAUCUUCAAGGAUGACUGGAUCAGGCCUUCCCUGAUGACGGGAGCCCUGCCCGCGGGCGUACUGCACCCCUCCGAGUACGGCAGCCUGCCCCCACUGCCGCCGGCCCGGCCUGGCGGGGAGCCGGAGCCCCUCACCUCCACCCCCGCCAAGCCCAGCAGCCCGCCCCCCGAGUUCUCCUUCAACACGCCGGGAAGGAACAUCAACCCGGUGCUCCUGGCCAGCUCCCAGAACAGUCGGCCUUACGCCAUGGGCCUUGGCUAUGGGCCAGCGCCCUACAAUAGCGCCUUCAGCCAUGGCUUGGGAAGGGCGGGGAGCGGACUGGGAUUGGGGAUGGCGAUGGGGCCUGGAGUGGGAUCAGGACAGGGGCUCAGAACUGGCUUUACUGGUGCCCCCAACAGAUACGGCAUGAAUCCUACCAUGGGACAGUUUGGGCAAUACAGACCCUGAUCUGCACAAAAAGGACAACAGAUGGACAGCACACUGUAUCUGCUUUCAGGGGACUGACACUCCCCUUCUUGGUAUUAAAAGGGGGUUUUGUAUUCUGAUUUCUUUUGUACUGUUAUUAUUUCUGGAAACUGAACAGUAUUUUAGAAGAAGAAAGUGUUCAAACAUACAUCCUGUUCAGCCUCUUCCAGUGAGUGGCUUAUUCAAGAAAACAAAUGAACCUCUUGUUGUGCUGUUGUGUAUAACAAUACUAACUAACGCAGUGCUGUCUGGGGUACGUUCACUGGUGAGGGGAAAGUGGUGCCCAUGAAAUGUGCUUGUUCUUGUGUUUUGCAGAGGACGUAAUAUAAGAGGUGUGAUUCAGGGACAGUUUUUUGUGUCAGACCACUUAAUUGUUCUCUUCGUCUGUAAGAAUCUGUUCGGAUGUAUGGUUACACCCUUUACAAUGACACAGUUUGAUAAAAAAAGGAGAAAAUGACCUUAUGGCAAACAGAUCUUGACUUGGAAUCAUGCUGUUGUCAGUGACCUCAAAAAAAUAAACCUACAUUGUAACUACAUUCUUAGUCUAUAUCUCCAUAAAAUACAGAUAUCAUAGUCAUCUUUCAAUAUGCCAAUAUUAAAACUCUAAUAUUAAAGUGAUUUGUUCAUGUU